GACAUAACGGGGACACUGGGACACAAAGAGGGGACACUGUCCCAGGGCCACCAGUGCUCAGGGCCCCUCAGCCCCUGGUCCCAGUGUCAUGCGGGGCCCUCCCAGUAACGCCCCCUGUACCCCCGGCAGUCCCAGUAAAGCUCUGUGCUCGCAGUAAUGUCCAGUGCUCCCAGUAUUCCCAGUCCUUCCCCAGUCCUGCAGCUCAUUGAUUCCCCGACCUGUCAAUCAUCGCCUCCGCCCCGCCUCUUCGCCGAGCCCGGAAGCCGAUUGGCCAAGCGCCACGUCAAUCUCUACAAUCCCCGCCCUCGCCGUGGCGCUUCCACCACUGAUUUGCCCGUUCUCUUUCCCGCCCUUUCUCUCCCGCCUACUCCUCUCCUAUUGGCCCCUCGCCCCGUCAAUCUCUCUCCUCCUCCCUCUUUCAUUGGACGCUGCGCUGUCCAUCAGGCUCAGCGGGCGGUGAUUGGCCGGGGCGGGAGCGGAAGCGGAAGCCGUGAGGGGGCUGAGGGGAGGCCGGGCCAUCAUGUCGGGCCCUGAGGCGGCGGCGGCGGCCAAGACGGGCCCGGAAGGGGCCGGGAAGGGCCCGGGAGCGAAGCCCUUGGGGCACCUGGAGCUGCUGGAGCACUGCGGGCGCUGCCAGGAGCGCCUGAGCCCCCAGCGGGACCCGCGGCUCCUGCCCUGCCUGCACUCGGUGUGCGGGACCUGCCUCGGCGGAGAUGGAGCGGUGUUCGAGUGCCCCGUGUGCCACCACCAGUGUCCCCUGGGGGACAUCCUGGACAACUUCUUCCUGCGGGACAGUGGGGCUGGAGCCACCGCAGGGCCUGAGCCCCGCCAGAGCUGCAGCAGCUGCGAGGACAACGCGGCGGCCACGAGGUUCUGCGAUGACUGCGCCGAGCCCCUGUGUGACACCUGCGUGCAGGCCCAUCUCAGGGUCAGGUACACCCGGGGCCACUCGGUCAGGGACAUCGGCUCAGCCCCGCCCCGUCCCGGUGCCGAUCCCGCUCUGGGGCCGUGCCCAGAGCACCCAGAGGAGCCCCGGGAUCGGUUCUGUUCCACCUGUUCCACCCUCCUGUGCCGCCUGUGCCAGCUCAGCGCCCACCAGGGCCACCGGUGAGUUCAUUAGUGCUCAUUUGCAUGUUAAUCAAGCACGUUAAUUAGCAUGGGGAAAAACGGG